AUGGGUGUUUGCGAAACCGGCCUUAAGGUGGUCAACUGUUGGCGGCGGAUGCUAGUGGCGGAUGCUGGUGGUAGUGCUUUGGUUGGCGACGCACGCGAUGUAUAUGAGCCUCUUCAAGUCAAUUCUGCAGUGUUACACGGCUUAAUCCUGUUUGGUUUCCCUCCCCGCGACAGUUCUUCCUCUGCCAGCCUUCAUUGCCACCCUCUGGGAUCUUCAACGAGAAAGCUACGACCGACCGACGAGAACCCAUCCAUCAGACGAGAGCUGGAUGGUGUCCAUUAUGGGAUUCAGGCCACUGACCCCAUGGAGAUUGGUCUUGAAGUGCUUAGAGACCGUGGACACUGA